AUGGGGUGCUCUUUUUUAAAGUAGGGAGUUCUGGUUUAAAAAACACAACUUUUAUCGUUCCCUAAGCUUUUUCCAACUGGAGCUGACAUCUUCGAUGAAGUAAAAGAUGUAGAUAAAAAACUAUUUGGUGUCAUAUUAGAAAUAUUAAGAAAGGAGAAAGUAAAAGAUUGCAUAGGAUUUCUAUCAGAUAUUAGGAAUCGGAGACAAUUAGAAUCAUAAAUCUUAUAACAAGCAGGGAAUUUCACCAAAACUGAUACAUAAUAGAAAUUGUCUGUUGUAAGAAAAGACAUGAAAUUAAUUAUAGAUGUCUUAUAAAAAUUAAAAGACCAUGACUUAAAUUAAAAAGACUUUUCAUCUGAAGAAAAUUAAGAAUCUACAUUAAAUCUAAUUAAGAGCAUCAAUGAUAAUAAAUAGAUCAUAGAAUUUUUGGAAUUUUUAGUUGUCCUCACAUCUUUAGAUGACACUUUGAUUCAAUGUGGAUCAAACUCAUUACAUUCAUUAGUUGAAAUGAGGGUGGACCUUAGAAACAAAAAUUUUGAAAAAAUUAAGAUAAAAAAUAUUUCGUUAGAAGGAGCUAAUUUUGUUGGAUGUAAUUUUAGUGAAUCCUAAUUAAAUAAUGUCAACAUAGGUGGAAUAAAUCUGAAUGGAACAUAAUUAUUUAAUUGCAAAUGGAGGGACUUAAAAAUCCCUGAAUUAAAAAAAUUAAAUGGUCAUAUUUAUGAUAUCUACUCAGUCUGUUUCUCUCCUGAUGGAAUUACAAUAGCCUCUGGUAGUUCUGAUAACUCUAUCCGUUUAUGGGAUGUCAAAACAGGAUAAUAAAAAGCCAAAUUAGAUGGUCAUAGUUUUGGUAUCUACUCAGUUUGUUUUUCUCCAGAUGGAAAUACAUUAGCUUCUGGUAGUCACGAUUAUUCCAUCUGUCUUUGGGAUACUAAAACAAAAAAGAAAAAAGCCAAAUUAAUUGUUCAUACUAACACUGUUAACUCAGUCUGUUUUUCUCCAGAUGGAAAUACAUUAGCUUCUGGUAGUGAUGAUAGGUCUAUCCGUCUUUGGGAUGUCAAAACAGGAUAAUAAAAAGCCAAAUUAGAUGGUCAUAGUUUUGGUAUCUACUCAGUCUGUUUCUCUCCUGAUGGAAUUACAAUAGCCUCUGGUAGUUCUGAUAAAUCUAUCCGUUUAUGGGAUGUCAAAACAGGAUAAUAAAAAGCCAAAUUAGAUGGUCAUAGUUUUGGUAUCUACUCAGUUUGUUUUUCUCCAGAUGGAAAUACAUUAGCUUCUGGUAGUCAUGAUUAGUCUAUCCGUCUAUGGGAUGUCAAAAAAGGAUAAUAAAAAGCCAAAUUAGAUGGUCAUACUAGUACUGUCUUCUCAGUCUGUUUCUCUCGUGAUGGAAAACAAUUAGCUUCUGGUAGUGCUGAUAAGUCAAUCCGUCUUUGGGAUGUCAAAACAGGAUAAUAAAUAGUUAAAUUGGACGGUCAUUCUCAUAUUGUCUUCUCAGUCUGUUUUUCUUCUUGUGGAAAAAAAUUAGCUUCUGGUAGUGUUGAUAGGUCUAUCCGUCUUUGGGAUGUCAAAACAGGAUAAUAAAAAGCCAAAUUGGACGGUCAAACUGGUUAUGUCUAUUCAGUUUGUUUCUCUCCAGAUGGAAAUACAAUAGCCUCUGGUAGUUCUGAUAACUCUAUCCGUUUAUGGGAUGUCAAAACAGGAUAAUAAAAAGCCAAAUUAGAUGGUCAUAGUUAUGAUAUUUACUCAGUUUGUUUUUCUCCAGAUGGAAAUACAUUAGCUUCUGGAAGUGAUGAUUCAUCUAUUAGUCUAUGGGAUGUCAAAACAGGAUAAUAAAAAGCCAAAUUGGAUGGUCAUACUCAUUAUGUCAACUCAGUCUGUUUCUCUCCUGAUGGAAAUACAUUAGCUUCUGGUAGCGAUGAUAAGUCUAUCCGUCUAUGGGAUGUCAAAACAGGUUAAUAAAAAGUCAAAUUAGAUGGUCAUCGUGAUACUGUUAGAUCAGUCUGUAUUUCUCCUGAUGGAAAUACAUUAGCUUCUAGUAGUAAUGAUAAGUCUAUCCGUCUAUGGGAUGUCAAAACAGGUUAAUAAAAAGGAAAAUAGGAUGGUCAUGGUAAUUGUAUUAACUCAGUCUGUUUCUCUCCUGAUGGAAAUACAUUAAUUUCUGGUAGUUGGGAUAACUCUUUCUGUCUAUGGGAUGUCAAAACAGGAUAAGUAAUUAAAUCCUCUGAUAAAAACUACAAAGAUAUUCUAGCUUAAUUUAAGGCACCAAUUUUUUAGAACAAUCCUCAACCAUGUAUUUGUUAUAUUAUUAUUGCUUAGUCUCUAAUUAUUCAAUUCUUGUCAUAUCACAAGAAAUAAUAUUGGAAGCAUCAGGUACACUUAUCUUAUAAGGAGAAUUUAUAAACCAUUAAGGAAAAGAUAUGAAACCUUUAUUUAAAUCUAAAGGAAGUUGCUUUUUAGAAGACUUAAAGCAAAAAUGA